AUGGUACCGGCUGAGUCGCGAUGGAAAUAACUGAGAGAUAACCAUCGGGAUGCCUUAAAAAGACAAAAUGCAACAAGGAGUGGACAGGCUAGAAAACAACGAAAAGAAUGGAAAUAUCAAAAAGCCAUGUCAUUUUUAUUGCCUUACAUGAGUAACAGAGACCGGUCAACAAAUUUUACGCCCCUGGACCACUCAGUAAGCGAAACUUCAAAUCCGCCAAAUACCAUUGAAGAGAGUUCACGGGAAUCAUGCAAUUUUUUGCCAUCAAAUUCAAAUAAUCUUCCUUCUGCCGAUGAUCCUAAGAAUCCAACAGCUUCGGAAUCUCUUCCAUCAACAUCCAAAAAAAGAAAGAACGAUGAAAUUCUAGAUUAUUUAAAAAAAAAUCAAGAACGCCGCGAAGUGUUGGAACGAGAACGGAUAGAACUUAAAAACAUGAUGUCAGCCAGUGAUAAAUACGAUGAAAUAGACUUAUUUUUUUUAAAUUUGGCUGCAUCGACAAAAAAGCUGCCGUAUUAUUUUCAACUUCAAAUUAAAAAAACCUGCUUUAAUGCGGUAAUGUCAGCUGAAGAAAGUAAUCUUCAACAUAGUUGGUAUUCUCCGAAUAAUUAUGGUUAUUCUACAGGCUCAACACCUACAUCAGAUAACAUCAACACUAGUAUCGAUACUCCUAGUGCUUCAGAUAAUAUCAACACUAGUAUCAAUAUUCCUAGUGCUUCAGAUAAUAUCAACACUAGUAUCAAUAUUCCUAGUGCUUCAGAUAAUAUCAACACUAGUCUUAAUAUUCCUAGUGCUUCAGAUAAUACCAACACUAGUGUCAAUAUUCCUAGUGCUUCAGAUAAUAUUAACACUAGUAUCAUUAAUCCUAGCGCUUUACAAAUUCCAACAACCCAGGAUAUUGAAACAUCUGCAGCAGAGCCAACAGAACCCAAUGAAAAUGCGGUCAAUUUUGAGACAGAUUACGAUUUUUAAAUUAAUAUAACAUGGCUUCUAUAACUGUAUGCAAAAAUAAAAGUUACUUUGAUUUAAAA